AUGGGCAAAAAACUUAAAUUUCCUUUUCUUUUCAAAACCACCGAAACCGCCGCCGUAGCCACCGCCACCAGUUCUUCAUGGCCAUGGCCAACUUGUGUCAACAACCCAAAAACCCUUUCCUUCCGAGCCAACAACAAUGAGAUGUUCAAGACUAUGAAUUCUGCCUACCUCGACAAAAUGACAAUUGAAGAAAUUCUCGACACCCCGGAUUCAGCUUUUAGCAUUAGCGACUCUUUUGAUGAUAGUUUUUCAUUUGCAUCAAGAAAUGAUGAGUCGAAUAUUGAGAUGGUGAUCCGAGAUUUAAGAUCAGAUAGGUUGUUUUUUGAGCCAGGAGAGACUAGUUCAAUCCUGGAAGAAGCCAAAACUGAUGAAUCUUUUCCUUAUAAACAAAGUACAGUAAUGGCUAUGGAAUCCAGGGAUCCCUGUGUGGAUUUCAGAUUAUCAAUGGAGGAAAUGGUGGAGGCUUAUGGAUUGAAGAAUUGGGAAUGUCUUGAAGAACUCUUAACUUGCUAUUUGAGAGUUAAUUCCAAGAAAAACCAUGGGUAUAUUGUUGGAGCUUUUGUUGAUUUAUUGGUUCAUCUUGAAUUAGUGGCCUCAAAUUCUUCGUCUUCUUCCACAGACCAUGAUCACUGUUCUUCUUCUUCUGCAACACAAUAUUCAUUCACUUCUCCCUUUUCAUUUUCUUCUUCUACUAAUUCAUCCACUAGCCCUUGUUUAUCUUCCUUAGAAAAUGAAGAUCAGAUCACCGAGAGAAAUGUUGACACCGCUACAUCUGAAUCAGUCAUUGUUCAGCACGCGUCUUGUUCAAACACAGUCUUGCCUCUAGAUGUUUGA